GAAACACGAACGACUUCUGGAGCUCUUCUGCCAGACUGAACAGGUGUGUGUGUGUCAGUUCUGCACAGAGACAGACCACAGGUCCCAUCCUGUUGUACCUCUAAAGGAGGAAUAUCAAGUGAAGACGUCCCAGCUGGAGAAGAUAGAGGCGGAAGUUCAGCAGAUGAUCCAGGAGAGAAAAAUAAAGCUCAAGGAGAUCAAAGACACAGUAGAAAUGAGCAAGAAAGACGCAGACAUCACUGCUCUGAUGCGCUGCAUUGAAAAGUGGCAGGAUGAUCUCAAGCAAAUGGUGAAAGAGAGACUGAAAUCCACAGUGAAACAAGCUGAAGACCUCAUCAAAGAGCUGGAGAAGGAAAUAGAAGAUCUGACCAAUAGAAGCUCAGAGCUGAAGCAGCUCUCACACACUAAAGACCACCUCCACUUCCUCCAGACCUUCAGAUCCCUGAAGAAUCCUCCACCCACCAGGGACUGGACGACGGUGGAGGUCUGUCCUCCGUCAUACGGAGGGACCAUGAGGAGAUCCCUGGAUCAGCUGGAGGAGAUACUUAACAUGGAGAUCAAGAAGCUGUGUGAGGAUGCUGAACUGAAGAGGGUCCAGCAGUAUGAAGUAGAUGUGACUCUGGAUCCUGAUACAGCUCAACCCCGUCUCAUCCUGUCUGAGGAUGGCAAACAAGUACAUGAUGGAUGUGUAGAGAGGAAACUCCUGGACAACCCUAAGAGAUUUACGAAGCAACUAUGUGUUCUAACGAGGCAGAGCUUCUCCUCAGGGAGAUUUUACUUUGAGGUCCAGGUUAAAGACAAGACUGGAUGGGGUUUAGGAGUGGCCAGAGAGUCCAUCAACAGAAACAGUUUCAUUAUAGUGACCCCUGAGACGGGUUACUGGACUGUUUACUACGAAGAGGAUGGGUUGUUAUUUAGUGAUGACCCUGAUGUCCGUCUCCCUCUGAGUGCUGAGCUCCAGAAGGUAGGGGUGUUUGUUGAUUAUGAUGAGGGUCUGGUCUCCUUCUAUGAUGUGGAAGCCAGGGUUCAUAUCUACUCUGCUACUGGCUGCACCUUUAGUGAGCCUCUCUAUCCAAUCCUCUGUCCAAGUCUCUAUGAUUAUAAAGGUAAUAACUCUGCCCCCCUGAUCAUCUCACCUGUCAAUCAAACAGACUAGGACCUUUGUUUGAUAAUAAAAUAAUCAAACAACCUAAACAACUGAUGUUGUUUUCUGAAUUAGAAUCUCUACUAUGUGAGAUCUGAGAGAACUAUAUUCAUAUUGUAGUUUUCACUCUAAUUUAAAAGAUCAAUAAAUUAAUCCACUAACACUCUGUAAUCUAAAAAAUAUAACCCAUUAUAAUUGAUAAGACUAUGAAUGCUUUUUAUAUUUUUAAUGUAAGAAAGAAAGUAUGUCGAUAACGUGAAAUUUUUAUUUUGAUAACAUUCUCAAUUUUUUUUUUUAUAUUCUUUUAUUAUUUUGAAUGAUGUUUGACAACACAAAACAAUGUUUGUAAAAUGU